AUGCAGCCAGCUCAAUACGCACUUGUCUCACUCCCUCUCAGAAUAUUUGACGAUGAUCCAAUGACGGCGCUAGCCGCAACUGUUGGACGGGAUAAUGGCGAGACCCUGCCGUUUACGAUACCCUCGUUCAAGAUUGGCACGCUCGAUGCGCUCGUGCAGUACGCCGAUGACCUUGCGAAGCUCAAUGCGACCUGCGAGGCAGCUGUUGCAAAGGUGGCCGAUUCCCUCAAAAGUAUUCUGGAUGGCGACGAAGAGAAGACGGCGCAACAAAAGAUGGUCAAUGAUAAACCGACGGACCAGUAUCUUCGCUCUUUUCAAUGGAACAAGGUUCGGUACGGGGUCGACAGACCCUUGGGGGAUUUGAUUGAAAGCCUUCAGAAGGAGCUGCAAACCAUCGACAACGACGUCAAGGCCAAGUUUAACCAAUACAAUAGCGUCAAGAGCAAUCUGGCCUCAUUGCAACGUAAACAGACGGGCAACCUCUCGACAAAGUCGCUCACGCCCAUCGUCGACCCCCGCUUGCUGGUGCAGGACUCGGAAUACUUGGAAACUCAUCUCAUCGUUGUCCCAACCAACGCGCGAAAGGAUUUUCUCCGCAGCUACGAGACGCUGGCUCCCAUGGUAGUGCCACGCUCGUCAGUCCAAAUCGCCCAGGACACCGAGUUCACACUAUUCGCGGUAACAACGUUUAAGAAAACGAGCACCGAGUUCCUGCAAAAGUGCCGGGAGCAUAAAUGGACGCCUCGCCAGUACAAAUAUGUCGAGGGUGGCAAAGAGGAGGAGCAGCGGGAAUUCGACCGCGUCGCCAAGGAGGAAAAGAAGGUAUGGGGGGAAGCCCUAUGGCUAGGGCGGACUGGUUGGAGCGAGACUGUUAUGAUUUGGGCUCAUGUCAUGACGUUGCGAGUCUUUGUUGAGACGGUGCUACGAUACGGCCUGCCGCUGGAGUUUGUAUGCGCACUUGUCAAGACAACACCCAAGCAGGCCAAGAAGGUGAAAUCAGCCCUGGACUCGGCAUAUUCUUACCUCGGCGGAAACGCAUUCGGGAGAGACAAGCGAGGCCGAGUCACGAAAGACGACGCAUCGCUAACGUCGGAAAUAGCCGCAGCAGGCCUGGGCGCUGGCGAAGGCAAUGAGUACACGGCGUAUGUGUAUUACGAGAUCGAGCUUCCCUAG